AGAGCACAAGGAGCAGUAACAAAGCGUUCAGCUUGACCUACUCAUUCUUACAUUCUACAAUCAAAAAUCCUUGAAAGACAUGUGGACUGACUGCAUUGCUCAAGAUGGAAACUCACAGGCCAGUAAGAUUGCAGGCCGCAGGAAAAGAACCAGUUUCAACAAAGAGCACUUGGAACUUCUAAAAAUGGCUUUCAGCGUGGAUCCUUACCCUGGUAUUAGUGUCAGGGAAAGUCUAUCUCAAGCCACAGGCCUUCCAGAGUCACGUAUUCAGGUGUGGUUCCAGAACAAGAGGGCCAGAACCUUAAAGAACAGAGCCACUUGGACCUCACCACAGCUGGAUAGUACCUCUCCUCUGCCCAGUCCUUUUCUACCCCCUCACAUGGCUAGUGUUGGGGCCAGUGGACAACAGAGAGGCAUUCAAGAGGCGUCCUUCAACAUUCAGAUGGCUCAAACAUCUCCACAGCACUUUACCUUUCCUCCAACUGACUUCAGCACACCUGCUAUUAAGCCACGGCAAAACAGGCUGAUGGGAACCAGCUCUUGUUCUCCCACCCUUCCCUCUGAUCUGCAAGCUGUAACAGACAGCUGGAGCUCUGGAGGAAGCACACUGUCCUCUCCUGAGUCUACAUGGAAUCUACCAGCACAGAGUUUUGGGAAUUCCUAUAAGGAUGAGAGCCAUUUCUUCCUCUACCCACCACCUCCUUACCCUCAUGGAAGUGUCAAAGUUGGGUGUGUAAGUGGCCUGGAGUCGCUUCCCACUUCUCCUGCCUCUUCUGAUUCUGCAUUUUGGGACAUGGGACUGGAAAACUGCUCUCCCUCUGUGCCAUACAGCGACUGUGGAAGCCCAUGGGACAGGCUCGCUGAGGAGCAGCCUGUGGCCCCACUUCCAGAUCUGUCCUCUCAGUAUCUGGAGGAUGUCCUUGGGGAAAUGGAGCCAGCCUGGUGGAACUUCAAUGGCCAGAUGGAUCUACAGUAAUCUUGCAAACAUCCAUAACCUAAGGAGACAAAGACUGUUUUAACAUUGGGUUUAACUUGAGGGGUAGGAUUCUUUCGUUUGGACUGUAUUAUAUAAGAAGCAUGGUAUUGUGCAAGUGCUGGUUACAGAACAAUAUCAAAUGUCCACAUCAUACCUUUUAUUUAUAUAAUGGACUUUAUGUAUUUAUAUUUUCUACCAAGGAGUAGAUUGGAAACAGUAACCUAUGGUUGCACCAGAAUGUAAUUUAGAACUUAUUUAUUCUUUAUGCUCUUUUAAGGUAUUACAGUGCAGUUGGGAUAUUUAUUCUACAUUAAAUUAUGCUCACACAACCUGUCACUUUGUAAAAUAAUGCAUA